ACUUGUUUGUACGAGAAUCUUGAUAAUUUGAAAUAAAUUUAAAUUGAUUUUAUUUCAUAAUUUUAAGCAUUGAAAACUACAGUGCAUAGAGUUAAGUGUUGCCAGGCUUUUUCAAAGUUCGAUAGAGUUCUUGUUAUCUCUCUAGUGUUGCAAGGGAACUUUGGCGACGGUAACCUACUACCAGAAAUGAAGGCCGAAAUGUCUGUGCGGGAUUUCUACAAGGGCAAGAGUAUAUUAGUAACAGGCGGUACUGGACUUAUGGGGAAAGUGCUUAUCGAGAAAUUACUGUAUGCCGUGCCGGAAAUUGGAAACAUUUAUAUUUUAAUGAGGCCAAAACGAGGAAAGUCUGUGACGCAGAGGAUGGAAGAGAUGCAACGAAAACCGCUAUUUGACAGGCUGAGAAAUGAGCGACCAUCAAGUUUCAAUAAACUAAAACCAAUACAAGGUGACAUUCUGUUCGAUAACUUCGGGUUGUCUGAUACAGACAUAGCGCUCCUGUCAGAUGACGUCCGUGUCGUAUUCCAUUUCGCCGCGACCCUAAGGCUGGAAGCUCCACUCAAAGACAAUGUGAAUAUGAAUACAAGUGGAACCCAGAGGACCCUCAAUAUUGCAAAGAGACUUAGGAACUUGGAAGUGUUUAUACACCUCUCUACGGCGUUCUGUUAUCCUGAUUACAAAGUACUAGAAGAAAAGGUACAUGCGCCAACGGUCAGACCUUCUGACGUCAUGCGCCUCGUUGAGUGGCUUGACGACAAACAAAUAGGGCAACUUACACCUUCUCUGCUGGAGUCUCACCCUAAUUGUUAUACGUAUUCGAAGAGAUUAGCUGAGUCACUUGUCAACGAUGCGUAUCCAACGCUGCCUGUCGUAAUCGCCCGACCUAGCAUUGUGUGCCCCAGUUUAGCAGAGCCUGUUUGCGGAUGGGUUGAUAAUUUGAACGGGCCUAUAGGCGUAAUGCUUGGGGCCGGUAAAGGGGUUAUUCGUACAAUGCUUUGCGAUGGAAAUUUACAAGCCCAAGUAAUACCUGUUGAUACUGCUAUUAACGCCAUAAUUGCUAUUGGACAAAUAGAAGGGACUAGAAAAGAGAAAGCCGACGUGAUACCCGUCUAUAACAUAAACAGUGGUCACCAGAAACCAACAACAUGGGGUGAAGUACUGGACAUUGCGAAGGACUAUGGCAGAAAGUAUCCACUAGCAUGGCCUUUAUGGUAUCCUAACGGAGGCAUUACAACAAACGUGAUAGCCCACGAGCUCCGGAGGGUAUUCUACCAUUUGCUUCCAGCUUAUUGCAUCGACUUUCUGCUUUUUCUCACAGGACAAAAACGCUUCAUGGUCCGAGUUCAAGAGAGAAUAAGCCAAGGCCUGCAAGUAUUACAAUACUUUACGAUGAGACCUUGGUCGUUCCCGUGUCCUAACUUUGAUAGCAUCCAAUCGAAACUGAAGGGAGAGGAGAAAGUAAUAUUCAACACAGAUCUAACCGAUAUAGAUAAGACGCAAUACAUGUACAACUGUGUAGAGGGAGGGCGGAUAUACUGCUUCAGAGAAGACCCUAAUAAAAUACAUCUGAACAGACUCUAUCACAAUUUCCUUUACGUUCUGGAUUGGAUCGUCAAAAUUUUAUUUUUGCUUUUUAUACUAUCCCUACUAGCUACAAUGUUUGAGCCAGUAAGAGAACUAUUCUCGUAUGCAAAGCCAGUCGUCAAACAUCUACCGUUCUUGGGGAAAGCAGUUUUCACGCCUUCAUCAAGCCGAGGUUAAUCAUACGAAAUCCAACUAUUUUUAAGUUCUACAUAUAAUAAUAAAGUACUUACAGUAAUACUAAACAUUUAUAUUAUAUAUAAUUAUAAUUG